UAUCAAGCGGCUCCCCUUCCUUUGCCCCGAAGGAACGAGUGUUUCCUAUGAAAUCGCCAAUAUCAAUAAUAACAAUAUCUCGCCUCACAUAUUAAUAAUGUUCAAGGCAGUAGCGUCACGCCGCGCUGGCUACGCCUUCGUUCACAACCCCCGAAACACCACCACCACCACCCUCUUCUCACGACCAAUAUCAAUCGCAACUCAACCACGACUAAACCGCCAACUACCAAAAUUCAAAACUCCCCAACAAUGCUCGCCAUUACCCCUUACCUCCCCGGGCCUUCACGCCGCCACUGUCCAAACCCGAUCCCUUUCCUACGCACGACGAACGAAACUCAACCUCCGCAGCGCAUCCAAGGGAAUCUGGCGCAACAACCCCCUUGUCCUGCCCUUUGCUAUCGCAGUAGCCGUCGGAGCUGCAGGCAUCCUCGCCUACGUGGGCUACCUCGAAGUAACCCAGUCCGGGCCGCAAUUCCACAACUUCCCACCGCCUGUUGAGAAGUCGCUCCGCUCAGCAGUCUACUACACAGAUGUGAAACUGAAUCCUGCCAAGGCGCUGAAGGCGUACCGGGAAGCGCUCCAUACGGCCUUGGAAAUAGGCAUGCAUCCGUUUUCCGACGAGGUGCUCGGGAUUAAGCUGGAGACGGCCCAUAUGCUAGAGAUGGCGGGACUGUACAAGCCAGCGAUCGAGGUGCUGGAGCGCACCAGGGAUGAGACCCUGGCUUGGAUUGACUCAUCUCAAAAGCAGUCUGCGCAACGACAAGCGGAGAAGGCAAAAUACGCUGCCAUGGAAGGAAACGCCAAUGCACCGGGUGCCUCCGCCGACAAGCUGGAAAUCAACGACCCCCAGGUCUUGGACACCUACCGGAAAAUGAAAGAGCUGGAUGAAUACGAGGAGAUCCAGCGGGAUAAGGCCAUUAAGAAGGUCGUGGGCAUUCAGCUGAAGCUGGCCGAGCUCUUCGGUAACCCUUUGCUCGCGGACGGGAAAAGGGCCCACGCUGCCCAGAUUGCCGCUGUCGAAACAGCCCUCAAGGAGCUGCAGCGCCGCAAAGACUUAGGGCUUCCCGUUUCCGGUGGGCUCGAGGACGGCAGUCCCUGGCUAACUCGAGUGGAAGUUGCCGUUGCGCUGACCGAGCUGGCACACAAUUACAUUGUGGAUGAUAUGCCGGAACUCUCGCUGCCUCUGUACCUUCGUUCGCUGGACCUGCUCCGGAUAGAGGAGGGCAAUCCGCCGUCCUCUAGGCAAGUCGAGGUCCUGAACGGGGUCUCCACGGCCGUAGGUAGCGAGGCGCUGAAAGCCGUGCGGCUGAACCCAAAGAUCACCGAUCACGCGGGCUUUGCCAAUUCCAGAAAGUGGGCGAUGAAGACUCUCGAAGUUGCUGCCGCAGUCCCAGAUUGGGAGAAUGACCAGCUUUGUAUUGAGUGUUGUGCCGCUGCAUGUUCUAACCUGGGCAACCUUUCCUUGCGAGAGGAUCGGCUGGAUGAGGCUGAGGAUUGGUACAAGAAAGCGCAUGACUUGUCCACGAAAGUGGACUAUAUGACGGGGAUUAUGCUUUCGAAAAAGGGGAUUGAGAAUGUGGCAGAGAAGAGGAAGAAGCGCGAAUAGACCUAAGGUUGUGUGUUUUCUUGCAACCUCUCUGUGUCAGAUUUAUUCAAUCAAUACCCGCUUUGUGUACAAUAUAUAUAUAUACUAUACUAUAUAUCUAGAAAUAGCGUGGACGGUGGCCAGUUGUAAAAUAAGCGUCGAAUAACGAAUAACGCAUCUUCCCCAAAUCCAC